AUUUUUCUUCUAGUUUUUGACACAGUGGAAUUGUUCGAGACCAAAGAAACACAUAUUUACACUUGCAGGACAUUUGGCAGCGGGGUCGUCCAGCCUUUUAAGGGGGAGACUUACUAUGUCCGGUCCGACUGCCCGUUCACACUCACAAGCUUCACCGUCAACCGGGGGGAAUAUUCUGUCAGCAUACGACGAGGACACAACGGGCUGUUGGUCCAAGUCGAGAUCAUCAUCAACAAAGUCACGACACUUUUGCAGAAUGGCCAAAUCCUGGUGCAGAACAAAAGUGUUUCCCUUCCAUACGACCACACCUACCAGCAUAUCUUUAAAUACGGCAUCUACACUAGACUGAGAAGCACGGUGCUUCCUUUCACUGUCACCUGGCACAAUGUACAUGGGGGAAUAAACUCUAUGUGGGUGACACUGGAGUCAAAGCUGAGCGCCGACAUGUCUGGACUGUGUGGACAACAAAAAGUCGCGGCCCCCAGGCACGAGUUGAUCAGAGACAGCAAGCUUGAUGACCACAGAUGUAAAACCAGAGAUCCUGUGAUGCAAAAAAAUCAUAUGUGCGGUCAAUUCUUUCGGAAAACCAAGAACUGUCUGCAAGACAACAAUCGUCACUAUCACCGACUCUGUAAAGAGAACAUUUUUGGCUUUGAAAAUAGCCAGAGCAUCUACUGUCCUUUGUUCCAAGAAGUUGCAAGCCAGUGUAACCAAUCAAGAAUCAAGGGAUUUUGGAGACGCUUAACCAGAUGCGCGAAACCAAGUUGCCCAGGAGACCUGAUUUAUGAGAAAAAGGGUCCAGCAUUUAUUCCCAGCUGCUCCAACCUGAACCCUUCACCCUUCUACCAGGAACUCACUGAAACCUGUGCCUGUCCAAAGGGUAGUGUUCUUGAUAAUGGUGCAAUUGGCCAUCACUGUAUUCCUGAGUCCGGCUGCUCUUGUGAAUUUGCUGGCAAAACCUACGGAAACGGAGAAAUGCGAAGUUCCAAGUGUCAGUCAUGUACGUGUCAUGGUGGGAAAUGGCGAUGCUCAGAGAACCUUUGCCACAAAAGAUGUGUCAUUGAAGGCCAGUUUGUGACAACAUUCGAUGGCAAACAAUAUGUCCUCCCUCAAAAAUGUUCAUAUGUUGCUUCACAGGGUCCCAGCUGGAUAAUAAUAAUACAUUUUUCACGAAAAGGACUCUUUCUUAGAAAGAUUACGGUUCAGCUCUCAGAGGAACUGUUUGUAUUCAAAAAGAACAAGGUUUUGUUGAAUGUGCAUGAGAUCACUGAAUUCCAUCAAUCUGGUCAUGCUCAGAUUUACUGGGUGUCCUCCAUGUUCGUCCAAGUCCACACAACCUCUGGUUUAAACUUCCAAAUUCAGCUGUCUCCUGAAAUCCAGCUGUUCAUCGACGCACUCGACAACCCCUAUGACAAGAUCAAAGGUCUUUGUGGAAAUAGCAACAGUGACACCACAGAUGAUUUCACCACCAACAGCGGGAUCAUUGAGAACUCAGCUGAACCCUUUGCUCUGUCCUGGAGUUUGGGUAAUUGUCAUGAGAACAUAUCCACCACCUGCACCAACCGUGAAAAUGAGAAUUAUGCUCAUGAAAAGUGUGCAGUGUUGAAGCAACCAACUGGGAUAUUUUCUGAAUGUCAUCCUUAUAUCCCAACGGAUUCCUACUACACGGCUUGCAUCCAAAGAAUAUGUAACUCUGGCAGAAGUCAGACACAGGCCUUGUGUAUUAGUCUGGCCAGCUAUGCCAAAGCCUGCGCCGCUGUGGGUGUUGUUAUUGGUGACUGGAGGAGAAACACGAGCUGCGAAUUAAAAUGCCAGAAGAACCAAGAAUUCUCCUACAGCAUGCAUACCUGCAACCGCACAUGCACUUCUUUGUCCGGCCAUGACUUCCGCUGUGAUAAGGGCGACGAUCCUGUGGAGGGCUGUGGCUGUCCGGAGGGAACUCACCUGAACCAAGGACAAAUCUGUUCCCCAAAGGAAGAGUGUGCUUGUACUUACUACGGUGGUAUUGCAGACCCGGGGCCUGUUGUUAUCUCUGGUCAACAAUGCAACUGCAAGAAUGGAGUAUUGAGCUGUUUGCCUGAUUGUGAUUGCAGAAAUGGGAAGGUGUGUGUUAGUUGCUCUGAGGACAGACAUAAGAGGGUUCAGAAGUCCUGUGACUAUAUCAGCAAACCAAAGGGUACCAGUGAGACCUGUAAGAGUGGCUGUUACUGUCCAGAAUACCAGUAUGAGGAUCACCAUGGGAACUGUGUUUCACUUGAUGAAUGCACCUGUGUGUUCAGUGGCAAAACAUUCAAAGCAGGACAGCAAGUCAACAGCAACUGUAAAACAUGUACCUGUUAUCAGGGUCAGUGGCACUGCAUUGAGAGGCCUUGCCCGGGACAGUGUCAAGUUUACGGAAAUGGACACUACCAGACCUUUGACUCCAAAUGGUUCCGCUUUUCUGGACAAUGUCUGUACACACUUGUGCAGGAUUCCUGUGAGAAUGGAAAAGGCACCUUCUCUAUCGGAGUAGAGAGUGUCCCCUGCUGUGAGGAGGCGCUCACCUGCUCUCGCAACAUCAUCCUCGACCUGAAGGGCCAAGUCACCCUGAUGUUGAGCGACAUGCAGGUGACCAAACACCUCUAUGAAGGCUGGACUGGGCAGGAAGAUUCACUUUACUUGAUACGCACUUUGGGACUCUACAUUGUAAUCUCAGUGCCAAGCAAAGGGAUAACUCUCAUCUGGGACAAACACACCCGGAUCACCAUAGAGCUGGCAAGUUCAUGGAAGAACCGAGUGUGUGGCCUCUGUGGGAAUUUCGACUCCAAUGAGAUGAAUGACCUAAUUAUAAGUGGCUCAUCAGUGUCUGGUCCCAUGGCAUUUGGUAACAGCUGGAAAGUCCAUACACCUCCUUGCUCUGAUGUGACCACUGAGAUAUUUCCAUGUGAACGCAACUCCUACUGCGCAGCCUGGGCCCAGCAGCGCUGUAUGAUCCUUACAGGAGAAACAUUCAGUGAAUGCCACCUAAAAGUGGAUCCAGGUCCCUACUACGAUGCCUGUGUGCAGGAGUCUUGCUCCUGUGAGUCAGACGGGAAGUUCCUCGGCUUCUGCACAGCUGUGGCUGCCUACGCAGAGGCCUGCAGCGACCAGGAUGUGUGUGUGAAUUGGAGGACACCUGAUAUGUGUCCGGUAUACUGUGACUACUACAACAAGAAAGGACAGUCUAUCUGGCACUAUGAAGCCUGUGGUGAGAUGCUUUCCUGUGGCAAAGAAAACUACAUCUCUCACAAGCUGGAAGGCUGCUACCCCAGAUGUAAAAAGAAUAAGCCAUACUAUGAUGAAAACACUGGUGGAUGCACCAGUUUGAGAAAAUGCACCUGUUACUUUAAUGGCACUGUCAUUCAACCUGAGGCAGUGGUAGUAAUAAACGAUGUUUUAUGCCACUGUGAAAAUGGAGCCAUGAACUGCGACCCUUCAAUGUCCACAACUCCAACAUCCAGCACUCCCACCCCUGAUUCCACACAUAUGACUCGAACACGCCCCACGCACACCCCUACUGAUUCCACACAUAUGACUCGAACACGCCCCACGCACACCCCUACUGAUUCCACACAUAUGACUCGAACACGGCCCACGCACACCCCUACUGAUUCCACACAUAUGACUCGAACACGGCCCACGCACACCCCUACUGAUUCCACACAUAUGACUCGAACACGCCCCACGCACACCCCUACUGAUUCCACACAUAUGACUCGAACACGGCCCACGCACACCCCUACUGAUUCCACACAUAUGACUCGAACACGGCCCACGCACACCCCUACUGAUUCCACACAUAUGACUCGAACACGGCCCACGCACACCCCUACUGAUUCCACACAUAUGACUCGAACACGCCCCACGCACACCCCUACUGAUUCCACACAUAUGACUCGAACACGGCCCACGCACACCCCUACUGAUUCCACACAUAUGACUCGAACACACCACACGCACACCCCUACUGAUUCCACACAUAGUCAUGAGACUCGAACACACCACACGCACACCCCUACUGAUUCCACACAUAGUCAUGAGACUCGAACACACCACACACACACCCCUACUGGUUCCACACAUAGUCAUAAGACUCGAACACCCCACACCCACACCCCUGAUUUCACACAUAGUCAUGAGACUCGAACACCCCACACGCACACCCCUACUGGUUCCACAACCAGGCAUGAGACUCGAACAUCCCACACUCACUCCUCUAAUGAUUCCACAACCAACGCUUGUGAGUGUUUGGACAUAAAGAAUUACAAAUUCUGGCGCUGUGGUGAGACAUGGACAGAGGAUUGCUUCAAAAAGACCUGUACAGGUGGGAUGAUAGAGUUGAAUCCAGUGAUUUGCCCACUGAUGGAAUUCCCCGACUGCCCCAGAGACAAGUUCACAAAAGUCUUGGAUGGAUGCUGUGAAACACUGAAGUGUGACUGUCGUUGUGAGAUAUAUGGGGACUCACACUACACCACUUUCCAUGGUGUUAAGUUUGAUUUCCUGACGGAAUGCACCAACAUCCUGGUGAAGGAGAUAUCAUCACAUCCUAGUUUGUACAUUUCUGUGGAAAACGACAAGUGUGUAGAAGUCAGGCAUCGCUCCUGUGCUAAAAGCAUCACCUUGGAAUAUAAGGGAACUAAAGCUGUACUCAGUAUCGAUUCAGACUUCUCUGAAGUAAAGGUCACUAUGAACGGCGCAGUCAUAGAGCCACCAUUGCAGGCGGCUGGGUUAAGGUUUGAGAGAAUGAAUGACACGGUGAUUAUUUACAUCCCAGAGGUCCGCUCUCAUGUCUCCCUCAGUCAGUCCCAUUCCGUGGUGGUCAGCUUGGCCAUGGAGUACUUCCAAGGAAAAACCCAGGGACAAUGUGGUGUAUGUGGUGUUGGAUCAUGUAUCCGUAAAGGAGGGAUAAUGGAGGACAACAGCUGCUGUGAUAAGACGGCUUACAGCUGGGUAAAACAUAACGAGUCUAAACCGGCGUGUGCUUAUUUACCAAGAGAUGUAGAAUGUCACCAGACGACUGCAGCACCCCCUACAACAACCACUUUCCUCCCCUGCCCUUCAAGCGCUCUAUGUGAGGUUCUGGACCACCCAGUCUUUUCAAAUUGCAUCAAGAACUUGAAGCGUAAAAAGAAGAUCUGCAUGUAUGGUUCCUGCGAUAUCGAUCGUUGCUCUAUACUAAAGCGAGCUGCAAAUGAGUGCAGGAAGGCUGGUGUCUGUAUGGACUGGAGAGCACUGACUAAUAAAAAAUGCACUAUGACGUGUCCAAAAGGAUUGGUUUACAGAUAUAGACGUGACAAGCUGGAUGACUUCUGCCAUAAAGGAAUUGUAAAAGAAGGAGCCCCCUUCAUGGAGAGCAGAGAAGGCUGUUUUUGUCCACAUGGUCAAAUCAAGUCAGAAAUGGACUCAGACAUCUGUGUGACGGGCUGUCCGUAUUGUAAAGGACCCCUUGGUGAGCCCAAACAGCCUGGUGACGUCUGGCAGUCCGGCUGUCACAUUUGUAAAUGUAACAACAACACCGGCAAAGAGGAGUGUCAUCUUAAACCUCUUGAGACAGAAAGGAGUUGUGGUCCAGAGUCUGUACUGGUGAACAAACCUUGCUGUGGUGAAAAGAUCUGUGUUAAGAAGACUUGCAAAUUUGGUGGAAGAACAUACCAGGUUGGAGAAUCUUGGUCAGAAGAACCCAGUCCCUGUCAAUCAUAUCAUUGCACCUUGGGGGGAAUUCAGACCACAAUCCGAAAAUGUCCCAGAGUCCUUUGUCAUCCGGCCAGAUUGAUAUGGGACGACCACAAAUGCUGCAAAAUAUGUAACAACACCUGUGCUCCCGUUUUUGGUGACGUUGAGUUUAGCACUACCGACUGUCGCACCAUAUUGCACGUACCUGUCUGUAUGGGCGAAUGUGGUUCUGGCUUGCGCAGCAUAAAGGUAGGCGGGAAACUGAGGGUGGAGACGGAGAACAAUUGCUGUCAGGAGAAGACCUCGGAGACAAAAACCCUUUCUGCGAUAUGCUACCACCCUGUGACCAACAGAAGAGAGGAAAAAACGUUCACUUACGAGCACAUCACCUCUUGUGAGUGCAGGCUCUGUAACAAACAUGACUGAAAAGAUGUUGUUAGCACAGGCGUUUUCAUCCUGUUCCCUUGUUCCCUUUAGAUUUUCAAAUCAAAAUAUAAAGUACUCAGAUUAUUUUUAGUGGAUUUAUUAAUAAUCAAAUUCCUCAUUAUAUUUCUUCUCUAUAGCAAUUUCUCGAUCUGCUUUAGGUCAAAUAAAAAUAAUCCAUCUUCUCACCAA